AUGAGACCUAAAUUGCUUCUUUUGGGUGUUUUUGUUGUUUGUGUGGCCUUCGCAAUCGAUCGCACAAUGGCGGAGUUCGAUGAUUCGAUUGACAUCGAUGGCGACACAGAUUCCUCGGAGAAGAAGGAAUCGGAAAGCACUAAAACUGUCAAAAUCUUUGACGGCGAAGGGGACGACGACGAGGACGAUGAUGGGUCUACCACUGUAUCAGAUGAAAGUGCCAGUGGCAGCGGUGAUCCUAUAGAUGCUAUAGUGGAUGUUACUGUUGUUUCACCGUCCACCAAACAACCAGACACCACAACCGAACAGACCACAGAAAACCCUAAUGUGAUAGCAGAUAGCACUCAAAACCCAUCGGAGGACCCACUUGUGGACGAACGUCCCGAUGGGCCUAGCGAUAAUGGUGAAAGCGUGGUUCAUGGCGGUGUCUCAGAUACGGAUGACGACGAACCAAGUGAAGAGGAUACCGACGAGGACGAGCAAGAUACUCCUAACGCUGAAGCACGAACCAAAAAGAAAGAGGGAAGCGUUCUUAGGGUUCUAACGACUGAAGUUAUUGCCGCAGUCGUCGUGGGAGCUGUAUGUGCUGUUAUUCUGAUCGCAUUUUUGGUUUAUCGCCUCCGGAAGCGAGACGAAGGUAGCUAUGCUCUGAGUGAUGCCUGCUACAAAGACACAUACAAACUUCAAGGCGACACAGGGAAAGAAGCCUUCGUUUGAACGGACAGGAGACAAUAGAUUUUAUAAGCUGAACUUUUUUACGGACACAAGUGAGUUUUUCUAGACGAGGUAACUAGUAGUGUACGUAAUACACAUAAAAUAUAGACUAUUCGAUUGCGAGGAGCACAACCUCGAAGAGCAUAACCUCGAAGAGCACAACCUCGGAACGACUUCAUGUCACAACGCAUUACUGCUGUUAAUUCGCGUUUCAGAAUUAUGUUAACUCGCAGAAAAAGGUUAAAAUGAUACCCUUUUUCGUAACUAGGUUUGUUUUUGUGGUUUUAUUUGAAAGCGAAAUGAGGUAACACAGAUUUAUUUUUAUAAAAUUUGAGGUUAUGACAGGUAGCUUUUUCUGACCGUAUUGUAGCUUUCGUUCAUAAACAUUUUUCUGAAGGUUUUUUUGUAUAUGAUACUAUAUGUUGAAAUAUUUACGAUUUUUUAAAACUGUGUUGUUCUUUGGGGCACGAUACAACAUUUAUGAAACGUCUGUAUGAUACCGGUAUACUCAUGAUAAACUGUAUGAAUUUUAUAACACUAGACAAGUUGCAAUUUCAUUGCAGAGAGGUUGAAUGUUGCCUUUUUCAAGAGUAGUAUGGUUUAGAUCACUGUCUAAGGUAAUUUUCUAAAAUUAAUCGACGGAAGUUGACUCAGAAAUCUCCGUUCUAAGGUUGAAUGUGGUGUAUGGGAGAGAGAAGCAUUCAUUGGGAAGUAUUUAUCGCGGAAAUGUAGCGGAUUUUUUACUAAGUUUGAAAGACAGCAGUUGCGCCUUUUGGCGAUUGAAUGAUUCACAUGUAAACCUCGUUUUUGAAACUGCACAAGCAUGUGAAAAAAGCUGUGAAAUUCGGUUCGUUUUUUGUAAUAAAUAAUCCUUAAGAAAAACUUUUCCACUGUUGGUGUGCACAAAGCUGUUUAUCUGUAUUGUCAAAGGAAUGAAUCUAAUGUGCGAACGGGCGGCAUGGCCUCGUCCGAAUAUUUUGGGGUUUUGA